GGAUACAAUGACUGAUGCUCCGCGCUCAGUUUGCCGGAGACCUUCCCCUGGGCUCAGAAACACCCAAAAGACCGUCUGACCCAAUUGGGAUCCAGCCCAUGCGUUUCUCAUUACAGCUUCCCGGAUGGUCUCGCGCUCCACUGUCUUGGUCAUGUGAUUGGCUGCUGUCUGUGCCGGUGUCUGUGCCGGUGUCUGUACCCAGCCCUUUGCAGCCCCCCCGAGCAAGAGAGGAGCAUCUUUCUCUGGAGCGAGCGUAGAGGAGAUCAACACCUGUCGGGGGGACUGUCUGCUGCCAGACAGGGACAAACAUAUUAAGGACAAGUGAGAAAGACCUCCACAGCGUCAGACAGGCUGCAGGUGGUAAUGGGUACUCUUCGGGACCUCCAGUUUGCCCUGCAGCUAAAGAUUGAGGAGCUUCGCCAGCGGGACACACUGAUAGAUGAAUUAGAGUUAGAGUUGGAUACAAAGGAUGAACUCAUUCGGAGACUGCAGGAGGAACUGGAUCGCUACCGAGCCACCGUCUCCCUCCCAGGAUCCUCUGCAGCUAGUGCAGCAUGCUCGGUCCAAAGUGAGGACUCACACAGUGCUGACAGGAGAACUGUGAUUUCUGAGCCCUUCUCUCUGGACCCGGUGACUCUCGCCAUGGUUUCACACAGAAGCUGUGACAAAAGCCAGGAGUCCCAGAGGUUGAUCGAGACAGCCUUUUUAAAGAAUGACUUGUUGAAGAGCCUCGAUGAGGGAGAACUCCGAGCCGUCAUCGCCUGUAUGUACCCCACCACCGUCAGUCAAGGCUGUUAUGUCAUCCAGGAGGGGGCCAACGGGGCUCAGGCUUAUGUUUUGGAAGAAGGGCAGCUGGAUGUGACGAGAGACGGACUGAGGCUUCGCACAAUUGAGCCAGAAGACGUGUUCGGAGAGCUGGCUCUCCUCUACAACUGCUCCCACACCUACUCCGUCUCAGCGCGAACGGACUGCAAGCUGUGGGUUCUUGAUGGAAAAAGCUACCAGACCAUACUUAUGCAGAGCAGUCUCAACAGCCUUUCUCAGUCAAUGGAGCUGCUCAGCAGCGUUCCCUUCCUCCAGUCUUUGCCAGAGGAUGUCAUCAUGAAGAUGUCUGAUCUCAUGGAGGAGACACACUACAGUGACGGUGACUACAUCAUUCGACAAGGGGCCACCGGAGAAACCUUUUACAUCAUUAGCAAAGGCCAGGUUAAAGUGACAGAAAAGAAGCCAGGCCAUGAAGAGCAGAUUGUCCUUUCUAAGCUCUCUGAGGGACAAUGGUUUGGAGAGAAAGUUCUGUGGGGAGAGGAUGUCCGGACUUUGAAUGUCAUUGCUGCUGCAAGGGAAGUGACAUGCUUGGUCAUAGACAGGGAGACCUUCAAAGACAUCAUUGAUGGGUUGGUAUUUGACCGUAGUCAUGACGUGCUACAAAGCCAUGAAUCCAAAAUCGAGUCAGACAAGGAUCCCGAUCUCUUCUCGUCUUCCACCUUAAGUGAUUUCCAGAUUAUCUGCACUCUAGCCGUUGGGGAGUUUGGUCACGUAGACCUGGUGCAACUAAAAAGCAACAGCGAGUGUCUUUACGCCAUGAGGGUCCUUAAGAAGAAGUUGAUCCUCAACAACGGUCAACGAGAGCACAUCCUGCGAGAGGGGCGGAUCCUAAUGGAGGCUCAUUGUCCAUUCAUAGCCAGACUACACAAAACCUUUAGAGAUGCCGAGUGUCUGUACUUUUUGACAGAAGCUUGUCUUGGUGGAGAUUUAUGCAGUCUACUCAAAGAUAAAGGAUGUUUUGACGAACGCAGCACCAGGUUCUUCACGGCUUGCGUUGUUGAGGCCUUGACCUUUCUUCACAGUCGAAGUGUCGUCUAUAGAGACCUUAAGCCUAAAAAUGUAGUCCUGGAUCAGCACGGUUAUGCCAAACUGAUUGGGUCCAGAUGUGUGAAGAAGGUUGAGGUGGGUAAGAAAACGUGGACGUUCUGCGGUACGCCGGGCUACAUGGCACCUGAAAUCAUCCUGAACAAAGGCCACGGUGUAUCUGCAGACUUCUGGUCACUGGGCGUUUUAGUGUUUGAACUUCUGAGUGGUGGGCUCCCAUUCUGCGACUCUGACCCGACAAAGAUUCUCACUGCGACCAUUCGAGGCAUCGAUCAAAUCGACUUCCCAAAAACCAUCAGCAAAAAUGCCUCCAGUGUUAUAAAGAAAUUGUGCAGGAGCAAUCCUUCGGAGAGACUGGGCGGUCAGAGAAAUGGGGCCAAGGCCAUUCAGAAGCACAAGUGGUUUGAAGGCUUCAACUGGGACGGACUCUUUAAAGCCACAUUAAGCCCUCCGCUGAUUCCCAAAGUGAAGGAUCCUUUGGAGAGCGGAACAUGCGAUUGUUACACGGAGGGUUCGGGGGAUCCGUGCACCGACUGGGAGGAUUUCUGAACGGGAAU